GCUAUGUGAAUAAAGCAAAUAUUGUUAGUGCAAGCCCUGAAUUAAAUAAAAAGGAAGUUGUUGUGAACAAUAAAUCAAAUAGAGAAACUCUUUUUAAGGUGGAUGGAAGAGUUCAAGAAGAAAAUGCAUUGAUUCUCCCCUUAAUAUUACACA